AUGUUCAUAACUGGAAUUCUAACUUUACUACUUACUAUUUUGGUAUCAGUAGAAGCCAAAAAGAUUAAUUUAUAUAUAAAACCAAUUGAUUCAACCUCAAAAGGUGAUUCAAUAGGGUUUAUAAAUGAUGACUCGGUAUAUUUGAUAGAUUCUACAACUUUACAACCGGAUCAAUUCUAUUGUGUUGGAACCAAAGAUCUUGAUAAUCAUGAAUGUUUUACCCUUAUAAAUGGUGUUGAUUCAUUGAAUGGCACUGUUAUUGAUGCUUAUAUGGAUGAAAAUGGAGUUACUAUAUCACGAUUAUCAUUGAACUUUGAUGAAUCUUACAAUAAAUCAAAAUUGAGAAAACACAAGGUGGCUACAUCACCAACACCCAAUUUAAAUCCUGAUUCGUUAAAGAAACAGAGACAGAAACAAGCAAAUAAAGGUGGUCAAGGAAAUAAUAAACAAGUGGAAAUUAUCAAACAGAAAAAAUUGGUGAAAUAUAUUGAUGAUGAAGGAAAGGAAGUUGAAAAGGAAAUUGAAGAAGAAGUUGAAGUUGAAGUGGAUAAUAGAUCUUGGAUACAAAAGAAUUGGAUGUAUAUAGUGCCUCCAUUAUUAUUGUUUUUAAUUGUUGGUGGUGGAGACCAACCACAAUAG